AUGGAUUACAAAGAAGAGCAGACCCAAGAGAUAGAAAUCCUGGAAUCUAUAUAUCCAGAUGAACUAGAACGGAUUUCUGAUACAGAAUUCACGAUUAGUCUCCUUUUAGAAACUGCAAGUGAAAGAAAGCAUCGUUUAAGUUUGCAUGUUACAUACCCUGAAACGUAUCCAGAAGUAACACCUGAUCUGAAGGUUUCUGUCGAUGAUUCUUUUGACGCCGAAGAAGGUGGUGAGUCAGACGACGAGGAAUCUUCUAGUGAGGAACAAGUUGUUCGUCUAGAAAACGAGAUUUUUUUCACUUCUGACGACCUCAAGAAACUCGAGUUUAGACUAAUUGAUGAGGCUUACGACAAUAUCGGAAUACCUUCCAUUUUCAGUCUAACCUCCACGUUAAAGGAUGCAGCAGAGACAUUAUUUCAAGAAAAGUUGAAUAAAGCGACAAAAGAGCACGAAGAAGAGUUAUUGAAAAUAGAACGUGAAGAACAGAAGAAAUUCAGAGGUACCCCAGUUACUGUAGAAAGUUUCAACGCCUGGAGGUUACGAUUCAGAAAAGAGUUAGGUUUGGACGAGAAACAAAAGAAAAGAUUGGAAAAAUUGCACAACGGUAAACUGACUGGCAAGGAAAUUUUUGAACGAGGUUUGGCAGGUGGUGACGAUGUGGACGAAGUAACAGAGAGCGUCGCUCAGUUAACGACAGAGGAUUCAUGA